CAUAACUUCAUAACAACAAUGGCUGUCUGACCUGGGUGGGGGACAAACCAAGCUAAUUUCGAAAGUAGGAACGGCAGCUGCUGGAUUUGUCUGUCUUUCGGCUGUUUUACUGAGAGACGAUGACAUUCACGAGCUGGUCCGAAUAAUGUUUCGAUUUUGCCGUUGCCACUGCUUGAGAGGGUCGCCAAGGACUACAUUUUCAGACCUUCAGCCAUCGAGCAGUUCAGCAGUGGCUCCUGGCAAUACAGACCUUUCUUCACCAUCAACUCCCAGCUAUUGCAGCUGGAACGUACCUCAUUCCUCGAUGGCCACCAGCCCAAAUCUGGCCUUUUAUGCAGUUACCAAAAAGUCUGCCCUGAAUUUGUUUUCUGUAUACAAAGGAGCACCAUUCUUUCACUGUCCAAAUCCUCGUAGAUUUAUUACCAUCCUGUCCAAAGCGAACCACUAUGAAGUGUUGGGGGUGGAACAAAAUGCUACUGGGAAUGAUAUCAGAGCAGCAUUCUUGAAGCAAUCAAAGGAAUGCCACCCGGACUUGAAUAGGAAAGAUCCAAACAACCAUAAAAAGUUUGUACAGGUCAAUGAAGCUUAUUCUGUAUUAAGCAAACCUUUGUCUCGUCGUGAAUAUGAUUUGUCUUUAGCAAUGAGAACUGCUACGGAUGGUGUGAAAUCUAACAGCAGUGGGCGGGAUGGUAAUCCUUACUAUCACCACCCAGCUCACUUCUAUGAUGAGAAACUUUAUUCCAUGCGGGACAAGUCUAAAGAUGAGUACUACAAGAGUCAACCUUAUUAUGGAGUCAAAGGAAUUGAAAAGAUUUCGAACAUGCAAAUUGUUACAGGCUGUAUGAUAUUCAUGCUGUGUGGAAUAGUGCUUCACUUUGUGGCUGUGAAAAAAUCUUCAGACCUCCACAUUAAAAACUUGGAUGCAAGAGAUGUCAAAACUCAUGAACUAUGGAUGAAUGCGAAAAAGAAUGCGGAAAUGUACACAUCUAAAGAACAGACUGAAAUAUGGAUGCAAAGAGCAGCUGAAAUUCGGGCAAGCAAAGGCCCUCAGUAAUAAUUCUUUGAAUGUGACUAAACAAUAGGUUACACCUUAAUUUUUAUAAAGUUUUAGUAAGGUUUUUACGGAACUAGAGCUGUUAACAGCAUAUUAUAAAAAGGUCAUAUAUGAUGAGCCCUUUAAGAACCUUUUCAUUUUGAUGACUGUAAAAGUUCAGAAUGCCUUCUACUUCUAAAAAAUGAAUUACAAGUAGGCUACCGCAGAAAAAUCUUCAACUUCAGGAAAGUUUCUGUCUUACUAUUCCGAGUAAUUUAAAGUUUUAGAUUGUCCUUGAAGUUGCUUUCAUAGCAAUGUAGUUUUGUCUCCUUCACUGAAGAGACUUGGUAAGUUAAGUCCUGGUGUCUUCUUGAUGGGUCUGUUGUUGAAAAAUGGGAAAAUUAGAGUUAAAGUGUUUGUAAAGGAUGAACUUAGGGAUGUAUUGGUCUCUGUGCAUGAUUUUGAUUUCUGAGCCUCAGAAAAGAGAUGUUUUUGGUGAUCUUAGCAAAUGAUUAAAGGGUUUUUUAUUAUUUUGUUGGGAAGAAGGAAGGUGGUUUUGUACUUUGGUUUUGGUUUCAUCUUUGAGAACCAGUGUUUGUGAAUUUUAGAGAUAAAAUUAAGAUUUCAGAAAAAAUUAAAAACUGGAAGGUGCCGGUUCAGUUGAUAGUCUACCUUGAUGUUUCUGGUUUACUUGAAGGUCUAUUCUGCUGUAACCAGACCAACAUUUUUUCUCACAAGUGGGGUUGUAACUGAUGAGGCUUUUGGUUUAGUAGCAAAUAAAAGAAAAUUUGAUACUGUACCAAAAAUGAAAACAGGCGUUUCGUCAAUUUACAGCAGUUUUGCCGGAUCAGUCUGACAACUAUUUUACUUGUUCACUUGAACUGAGGGGGAGGACUUCUUGUGACAAGAAUCAGUUUACUUUUAUCCUCUCUGUGUUUGUACAGGCUGGGACCAUCAGUGGCUGUAUUAAAAAUGUUUUGAUGGUUGUGGUUUGUCUAGGGGGAGAUAGCGGGCUGGUCCCCUGAUUUCUUGAAAAUUUGAAAUAUAGUCCCAUUUAGUCACUUGCUGUCACGUCUUGUCAAUUUGAUAAAUUUAAAUCUUUACCAUUGCAAAAUUCUGUGAUCUACUUGACACAGCAAUUGCCUUUGCCUUCGAUCUAAAUGCCCCCAGCACUGUCGUUACCGUAGCCAAUCAGCGAAUCACAGUAUACUGUCAACCAAACCAGCACCAAAUUUGUAAUUUUAAAUGGUUUAAUUAAAAAUGAAAUAGUCUACAAAUGAUUUGAAAUUAAAAUUUAAAUCACAUUUUUAGUGUGUAUGUCUGCUGUGGUGCACCAUGCAUCUCAAACAGUCUCAAGAGUAGAGACUUUCUCUUCCUUUUCAUUAGGAGUGGACUUUAAUUUAAUUGUGUUUUGGUUUAUUAGGGUAUCAUGUUUGUUUUAAAUUUUAGGUACGAUUGUUGUGGUUGCUUCAGUGCUUGUCUGUGAACAGCUAAGACAACUUAGUAUGUAUAUAUAUAAUAUAUUAUAAUGUGUAAACUCCUGCCUACCAAGAGGCUGAUAAUUGAUGGUUUUCAAUUUUAUCACUACAGUUGGUACUGUAGUAUUCGCAGACUCAGGUGUACUGUUGAAGUGUAAAUAAAGCCAGUCAAAUGCA